AUGUCGGUUCUAUUCAGCAGUGGCAAAAAGUCCGCUGCAGUCGUUCGUGGAACGCUGAAGAAGAAAUCGUCACAAGGCUCCGAUACACAACUCCCGACAAAUAGCUACAUGCCGUCGGUCAAUGUGUGCGUUUGGAACCUGACACUGGAGAAUACUCCCAUAAGUCUGGCCUACUGUCGUGUUAGUAGAUCUCCACGACAACGUUCUGAACUCGUCAUGGAUGAAGCUGCCCUAGGUUGGCUUAACGAUCGCAAAUCGAAACAACAGCAGACAAAUUCCGAAACCCCAUUGGAAAUUCACUAG